UUCAUUUAGAAGCUGUGUAGUACUUAAUUCCCAAACCAGUUCGAGUGAAGAGACUUUUGAAAAAUGCAGAGAGUGGAGGAGGCCGAUAAGAAAAGUUCAAUGAAUGAUAAUCCAAUUGAACAGAAAAAACCAAUCACUCCUAAAACUCAAAGGCCUCCUCCUAGCCAUGAAUUCUGUGUUGCUAUGGACACUGCUCCGGUUGAAAAUGAGACGGCCCAGCUGCCUUCCUCACCCACACAACACAACACAAAAAUGGAGAAAGAAAAAAUAUCUCCACUUCCUCGUCAGUUAUACAAUGCUGCAUUAAAGGGCGACUGGAAGAGUGCAAAAAAAAUAUUUGACGAAUAUCCAUUCGCUAUCACUAAGGAAAUAACGUGUCAAGGCCAGACAACUCUUCUGGUUGCUGCUAUGUAUCACCAAUUUUCUUUUGUUGAAAAAUUGGUAAAACUUACUUCUGGAUCUGAUUUAGCUGCCAAAACUGAAAGCGGAGUGCCUAUCCUUUCUAUUGUCGCUACUUCAAGAGCUGUAAGAAUUGCUAAACUAAUUGUUGAUAAGAAUCCCAACCUUCCAAAUAUUGUUGAUAAAGAAAAUCAACCCCCAGUUCAACUGGCUGUAGCUUUCAAGCGCAAACACAUGGCUUCCUUCCUCUUCUCCAAGACUAAUUUUGAAGCUCUUGAUACUCUACAACAAUUUCGUCUUCUCAUUUCUACCAUCGUCUGUGAUUAUUAUGAUAUAGCAUUAGAUAUUAUGGGGAAAAAACCUGAAUUAGCAACUCUGAGAUUCGAAGAAACCGAUGAUACAGCUUUGCACGUACUAGCUAGAAAGUCAUCUGCAAUUGGUAGCAGCAGCGAGCUUAGCUUUUGGAAAAAACAGAUAAACUCUCGAUUCAAGGGAUUUUACGACAAAGCUCUAAUGCAAACAUUUGCCCAUCAACUUGUUGGUCGUUUAUGGGAUUGUGCAACAAGUCAACUUUUAACUGAGAAAAUAGAUAUAUCUCGAGUUCCCUUAAGGUUGAUGGAUGAAGCAGCAAAAGUUGGAAAUGUCGAGUUCUUGUUAAUACUCCUUCGUCGAUGUCCGGAAUUAAUAUCGGCACUUGACAUGACUAGUAGCUACUCCUUCUUUCAUACAGCAGUUGAAAAUCGACAAGAAAGUGUGUUCAGUCUAAUAUACGAGAUAGGAGGGGUGAAGGAUUUGAUUGUCAAUAGUUACGAUGACAAGAAAAACAUUAACAUAUUACACUUGGCAGGAAAGUUAGCGGCUCCAUCUCAGUUGAACAAAGUGUCAGGGGCAGCUCUACAAAUGCAGCGGGAGCUUUUGUGGUUCAAAGAAGUGGAGAAAAUUGUUUUGCCAGUGCAUCUUGGAAUGAAAUGUGCGGCAAUCCCAGAGCUUUCCACAGGUGAGACAAAAUCAAAUCCCCCUGAUCAACUCACACCUCGAGAACUCUUCUCGAGACAACACAAACAACUACUAAAGGAUGGAGAGGAGUGGAUGAAACAUACGGCGAACUCAUGCAUGUUGGUCGCAACUUUGAUCACAACGGUGGUUUUCGCUGCGGCAUUCACGGUUCCAGGAGGAAACAAUGAUAAGGAAGGCACUCCCAUUUUCCAACAGAAUAAAGCAUUUACAGUGUUCGUAAUAUCAGAUGUUGCAGCUCUAGUGUUGUCUACAACUUCCAUACUCACCUUUUUAUCAAUUUUGACGUCGCGCUACGCAGAAGACGAUUUUUUGAUAUCGUUGCCAAGGAAGUUAUUGUUCGGGUUGCUGACAUUGUUUGUUUCUAUAGUAUGCAUGGCGAUGGCUUUCAGCACGACCUUCUUUAUUGCUUAUGAUAAAACAAAGGCGAAGAUUCCAUUGGGUAUUGCAGCAGUGACCAUCCUACCAAUUGGUUGUUUCUGUGUAUUUCACUAUAAACUCGCGGUUGAUAUAUUGCGGUCAUCUUAUUGGUCUUAUUUUUCUUUGAAAAAACGCAUGAAAAGGCUAUUUUAGUGCUAUUGCACUUAUGCAUAUCUAUCUAACUUUCCUGUUUUUUAUAAAACGUUUCUGGCCAUGCAAUAAUGAACUAUCAUUUGAAGUGGACAAAAACUUGGUGUUCCCGUCCAUGUA